UUUUUCCUUCCUCCUCCUCCUCUUCCUCUUCAUCUGCCUUUUCUUCCAGAGCAGCAGGGCGGGAAUUGUUGUCCCCAGGGCAGCCAGGCAUGCCGGGAGUUGUAGGCCACAGUUCCCCUUCAUGUCUUCUUCUUCCCCGACCGCGGGGCAUGGCGGUAGUUGUAGGAUACAGUUGGAUACUUGUAGGACACAGUUUCCCUUCCCUUCUUCCUCCUCCUCUUUCUUCCUCAUCCUCUUCCCCUUCUCGGCCUAGGGAGCAGGCCGGGAGCUGCGGUUCCCAUGGCGACCCCGCGCGGAGCAUGCCGGGAGCUGUAGUUCGCGCGGCCGCUCCCUCGCGGAGCAUGCCGGGAGCUGUAGUCCCCUCAGCGCCUCCCGCCGCGCUUGCCGCGUCUCCCCGGUGCUUCCCGGCAGCCCCCGCGCGGCGGGCGCGGAUUGGCCGGUGGCGCGGGCGGGCGCACGCGCGGCCGUUGGAGGCCCCGGGCCGAGCCGCUCCCUCAGCGCCGGUACCGCCGCAACCGCCGCAACCGCCGCCGGGCGGGCACCGGCACCCAGCGCCCCGCCGGUGCGCCGGGCCCCCGCCGGGCCCGCGGGCUGAGGAACGAGGCGACGCCUGCGUCAGACCGCCGGCGCUGACGUCACGGGGUGCGCGCGUGACGUCACCGCGAGCCUGAGAGGGUGCAAAGGCUGGCAUGAAGAACCAGGGAGUGGAGACCAAGGCAGCUCCACGUCCUUCCAGAACGAGCAGCGGGAUGGGGCUGGAAGAGGGAGACUCACCAGAGGCUGCAGCUCCCCCAGAAGCUCCCCUGACUCAGGAGGAUCCCAAAUCCUCCCGCGACGUCUCGGAGGAGCUGAGCCGGCAGCUGGAGGACAUCCUGAGCACCUACUGUGUGGAUGCCAGCCAGGAGCACCCAGGGGAGGAUGGGGGGCACGGGGAUGCCCCCGAGGAGCCCGACAAGGGCCGCAGCGAGUCCCCCAGGAACGGGGAGCAGGAGCCAGGGGGCCCCGAGAUCAACGGCGAGAAGGAGAGCUCCAAGGGGAGCGAGGAGUUCCGGCCCGGAGAGGAGCCUGGAGACAGGGAUCAGAAGAAAGCUCAGGAGAAGAAGAAAGCCAAGGGUUUAGGCAAGGAGAUCACUUUGCUGAUGCAGACCCUGAACACGCUGAGCACGUCAGAGGAGAAGCUGGCAGCUCUGUGCAAGAAAUACGCCGAGCUGCUGGAGGAGCACCGCACGUCGCAGAAGCAGAUGAGGAUGCUGCAGAAGAAGCAGAGCCAGCUGGUGCAGGAGAAGGAUCACCUGCAGAGCGAGCACAGCAAGGCCAUCCUGGCCCGCAGCAAGCUGGAGAGCCUGUGCCGGGAGCUGCAGAGGCACAACCGCACCCUCAAGGAGGAGGGCGUCCAGCGCGCCAGGGAGGAGGAGGAGAAGAGGAAGGAGGUGACCUCUCACUUCCAGGUGACCCUGAACGACAUCCAGCUGCAGAUGGAGCAGCACAACGAGCGCAAUUCCAAGCUGCGCCAGGAGAACAUGGAGCUGGCCGAGAGGCUCAAGAAGCUCAUCGAGCAGUACGAGCUCAGGGAGGAGCACAUCGACAAGGUGUUCAAGCACAAGGAGCUGCAGCAGCAGCUGGUGGACGCCAAGCUGCAGCAGGCCCAGGAGAUGCUGAAGGAGGCAGAGGAGAGGCACCAGCGGGAGAAGGAUUUUCUGCUGAAGGAAGCCGUGGAAUCACAGAGGAUGUGUGAGCUGAUGAAGCAGCAGGAGACCCACCUCAAGCAGCAGCUGGCUCUGUACACAGAGAAGUUUGAGGAGUUCCAGAACACCCUUUCCAAAAGCAGUGAAGUGUUCACAACGUUCAAACAGGAGAUGGAGAAGAUGACCAAGAAAAUCAAGAAGCUGGAGAAGGAGACCACCAUGUACCGCUCGCGCUGGGAGAGCAGCAACAAGGCUCUGCUGGAGAUGGCAGAGGAGAAGACGCUGCGGGACAAGGAGCUGGAGGGGCUGCAGCUGAAGAUCCAGCGCCUGGAGAAGCUGUGCCGGGCGCUGCAGACGGAGCGCAACGACCUCAACAAGAAGGUGCAGGACCUGUGUGCCCACACAGAGCUGCUGGAGCCUCUGAAGGAGCCACCCCGGGACAGCUCUGAGGCAGCUCCAGAUUCCCUGAGCCCAGGAAAGGCCCCACAGAGCCCGGAUCCUGCGGGAUCCCCAGCGGAACUGAGCACGGGAGCAGCGGGGCAGAGCGGGACUGAGCAGGGCACUCGGGGCACCGACUGAGCCCCGGGCAGGGCACAGAGCUGGGCUGAGGGAGGGUGACCUGGGAGCUGCUUUAGAUUCCACUCUCCCUGUCCUGGGACAGCUGGGAAAGGACAGGACACAGCCCUCUUGGGGAUGUGAGAGUUCCUAGUUUAGGUUUUUGGAGGGUUUUUUUAAGAUUUUAUAUAUAUAUAAACAUAUAUAUAUAUAUAUAUAUAUAUAAAUGUGCAGGGCAGCGUUUUACCUAUGGAUAUCCAUAAGGAGCAGAAGGGCCCAGCUCCCUGCCUGUGAAUAUUGAAAGUAUGGAGCCUCAGCUGAUUGUCCCUCUCACUAAAGGACCUUGUCACUGGCCAGCUCAGGAGAGCAGAGCCAGCACAGGGACAAGGGACACGCCUGCACCAUCCCAAGGACUCCACUCUGGAGUGACAGCAGAGCUGGGAGAAUUCCAGAACAUUCCCAGCGCUGGAUUCUCCCUCUUCCCCCUGCCAGGCAGGAGGGAGCUCCGGGCUGGCUCUUGCUGCAGCUCGUGUGCGAGCUGAGGCCACAAGAGGCCGUUCCUGCUCUCCGUGGCUUCUGUGUCUGCAGUGGGGACGAGGAGAAGCAGGAAAGGGGGUGCCUGGUCCCACCCUUGGGAAUUUUUGCUCUUCCCAGGCCCUGCCAAUCUCAAAACCGCCUUAUAAUUCACAGUUGCCUCUUUGCUGAACGCACACGUGCACCAAGUGUAUUAAACAGUUAACCCAAAGGUCUCAUUCCCAAGUGUUUGUGCACAGGAAUUGGGGAGGUGCCCUCGAGCCCCUCUGGCCCAGCCCUGGAGGCAUCCACGGAGCUGGGACUGCAGGAGGAUCAAACCUCAGAGCUGUGUGUGCUCCCUGAGCUGCUGCUCCAGCUGGGAUCAGCUCCUGGACUCUGCCUGGGGCUGCUCCUGCCAUCCCCCCGGCCUGGGGGUGCCUGUGCGAUCCCAGCCCCGCUUUUCCUUUCCCUCUCUGCUUGGAAGAGCAUCUCCCCAGUGCUGACUCACCCCACGGGGCCUGGAUGUGCUGGGAGGGAGUUUAGGGACACGUGUGGCACCUGCUGGCACCGGGUUUUGGGAUUUUCCUUGGUUUGUCAAGACUUUGUCUUCUCGCUGUUCUCUUGGAAGACUCGGCUCGCUUGGAACCUCGCUGCAGCUUCUGUUUGUGACAGACUUCAUUCCCAGCAUUGCCUUCCUGCUGCUGGAAGCCAAUCCCACCGUGGAUGUAUCCAGUGGAUCCAUCUGGGAUUCUCUUCUGGCACCACAGCUGCUCUCACAUCUCCCCUCCAUGAAGGACCUGCCUCCGUGUCUCCUUUUCCUCCAGAGCUGAGGAGGGGAGCCUGGCCGGGCUCUGAGCCCCACAGAGCUGGACAUCACUGGGACAGUCCCUGGAGCUGUGGUGGCUUUGUCUUCCAGCCCCUGCUGUCCAUGGUUCCUCUGGGAUGAUCCACGAAUGUAACCCGGCCGGGCUGAGCGAGGGCUGCUGCCCACAUCUGGACUUCAGUAAAAGCAAAACCCUUAGAAAUUCACCAAACCCCUUUUUUUUCUGUCUUUUCCCCGUUAAGGUACAGAAACCUCCUCGUGUGUACCCUGGAUCCAAUAGAAACACUCCAACCUC